ACGAGACUCUCCGUCUUCUUCGUCGCGAAGAAAAGAGAGAGAGAGAGAGAGAGCAGUGGAGGCGAGAGAAGAAAGAUGAUGCAGUUGCUCGGUUUCCGCGGGGGAUCGGCGGCCUCCUCCUCUUCGUCGUCGUCGAAGGAGGAGCCAUCGCCAACAUCCGACCCUCGGAACCCUAGCCCGAGUCUCGCGGCCGCUGCCUCCGGGCUCGGUCGGCCCAUCCGCCUCGUAUACUGCGACGAAAAGGGCAAGUUCCGGAUGAACCCGGAGGCCGUCGCCGCCCUCCAGCUCGUCAAGGGCCCCAUUGGCGUCAUCUCCGUCUGCGGUCGAGCCCGCCAGGGCAAGAGCUUCAUCCUCAAUCAGCUUCUAGGGAGAAACAGUGGAUUUCAAGUUGCUUCCACCCAUCGACCUUGCACUAAAGGGCUUUGGAUGUGGAGCGCACCAUUAAAGCGUACUGCUCUUGAUGGAACUGAAUACAAUCUUUUGCUACUGGACAGUGAAGGAAUUGAUGCCUAUGAUCAAACGGGAACAUAUAGUACAAAGAUAUUCUCUCUCGCUGUUCUAUUGUCAAGCUUGUUUGUCUAUAACCAGAUGGGUGGUAUUGAUGAAGCUGCACUUGACCGUCUAUCACUUGUCACUGAAAUGACUAAACAUAUACGAGUCAGAGCCUCCGGUGGAAAGACCUCAGCAUCUGAGCUUGGACAAUUUUCUCCAGUAUUUGUGUGGUUAUUGAGGGACUUCUAUUUAGAAUUAGCAGAGGAUAAUAGAAAGAUCACUGCACGCGAGUAUCUAGAAAUAGCCUUGAGAUCUAUGCAAGGUGGAGGUAGAGAUUUGUUAGCUAAGAAUGAGAUUCGAGAGUCGAUUCGUGCUUUAUUCCCUGAUAGAGAAUGUUUUACGCUUGUGCGGCCACUGAACAAUGAAAAUGAUCUCCAACGUCUUGAUCAAAUCCCUUUGGAUAGAUUAAGAUCAGAAUUUAGAUCAGGCUUAGAUGCAUUAGUGAAAUACAUUUUCGAGCGGACCAGACCAAAACAAGUAGGUGCAACUGUAAUGACAGGCCCCAUUCUUGCUGGUAUCACACAGUCAUACUUGGAUGCUAUCAACAAUGGUGCCGUGCCUACUAUAUCUUCUUCUUGGCAGAGUGUUGAAGAAGCGGAAUGUCGUAAAGCUUAUGAUGCUGCUGCUGAGAUCUAUAAGUCCUCCUUUGAUCGCUCAAAGCCAGCAGAGGAGACUGUCUUAAGAGAAGCACAUCAAGAUGCUGUUGAAAAAGCUCUCAAUGCAUUCAAUUCUUGUGCCGUGGGGAGUGGAUUAGCACGUCAGAAUUAUGAGAAACUUUUGCUCAAUUUUUUCAGAAAGACUUUUGAGGAGUACAAAAGGACUGCUUUCUUAGAAGCGGAUUUGCAAUGCUCUAAAGUAAUCCAAAGCAUGGAAACAAACUUACGAGCAGCUUGCCAUGCUCCUGAUGCCAAACUCAGUGAUGUGAUUCAGCUCUUGGACCGUUUGCUAGUUAACUUUGAGAGUUCUGCCCAUGGUCCGGGAAAAUGGAAAAAGUUGGCCACAUUUCUGCAACAGAGUUUGGAGGGAUCAAUUUCAGACCUCUUCAGAAAGCAAUUGAAUCAUGUUGAAUCAGAAAGGAAUUCUCUGAAGUCUAAAUGCCGAUUAAGUGAGGAUAAAUUGGCUUUGUUUAUUAAGCAACUUGAGGCUAAUGAAAAGCACAGAUCUGAAUAUUUGAAACGCUAUGAGGAUGCUAUCAGUGACAAGGAAAAGAUCUCGAAAGAUUACUCUGGUCGCAUUGCUGAUUUGCAGAGCAAAUAUAGCAAGUUAGAGGAACGCUGCUUGAGUUUAUCAAAUGCUUUGGAACUUGCUAAACAUGAAUCCUCUAAUUGGAAAAAUAAGUACAACGAGAGCAUGGCGGAUCAAAAGGCUGAGGAAGACAAGUUCAAAGCUCAAAUUGCAGUUCUGGAAGCCAGGAUAGGUGCUGCUGAAGGUAGGUUAGCUGCUGUUCGUGAACAGGUAGCAUCCUCCCAGGAAGAAGCAUCGGAGUGGAAGCGGAAAUAUGAUGUAGCAGUUGGAGAUGCUAAAACUGCUUUGGAGAGGGCAGCAGUAGCACAGGAACGCACUAAUAAGAAGGUACAAGCCAGGGAAGAUACUCUAAGAACUGAAUUUGCUGAGCAACUAGCAACUAAGGACAAAGAAAUUAUAAACUUGACUGCAAAGGUUGACCAGUCUGAGAAUCAAUCAAAUAGUUUGCUUCUAAGAUUGGAGGCUGCUGAGUCGGAACUGAAACGCCGGGAGUCUGAGUCUUCAGUUUUGAAAGAUGAAAUCCAAGGUUUACUAGAAAACUUGGAUUCUGUUAAAACCAUGGCCCAGACACAUGAGAGACAAGUCAAAAUUCUAGAACAAGAAAAUAAUCAUCUCCAGGAGAAGUAUCUUUCUGAAAGCAAGAAAUUCGAUGAAGCAGACAGGAGGUGCAAGGACGCAGAAAGGGAUGCAAAGAAAGGAACUGAGUUGGCUGACACUGCUCGUGCAGAAGUAGUGGCAGCUCAGAAGGAGAAGAAUGAAGCCCAAAGGUUGGCAAUGGAAAGAUUGGCAUUUAUUGAAAAAGCUGAGAGACAGGUUGAGAGCUUGGAAAGAGAGAGGAAUAAGUUGAUUGAUGAAACUGAGGCGCUUCGUCGAUCAGAAAUCGAUGCGAUUGCAAAGGUUGCGUCACUUGAGCACAGAGUGGAAGAGCGAGAAAAGGAAAUAGAGGAGAUGUUGAGUGAGAACAACGAGCAGAGGUCCAACACAGUCCAAGUUUUGGAAAGUCUUCUGGCAACUGAACGAGCAGCUCGCGCAGAGGCCAAUAAGAGGGCAGAGGCCUUGUCCCUGCAGCUACAACUAACUCAAGGCAAACUAGAUUCUCUCCAACAGGAGCUGACGUCUAUUCGGCUCAAUGAAAGUGCACUUGAUACCAAGAUGAAGAGUGCUCGUGGGAAACGUCCGAGGGUGGAUGACAACAUAGGCACUGAGUCAGUCCAUGAUAUGGACACUGGUGAAGAAGUUGCCAAGGGUAGAAAGCGAUCCAAGAGUACCACAAGCCCGUUCAACUAUUCUCAGAUGGAAGAUGGUGGUUCAGUUUUUAGAGGGGAACAAGAUAAUAAUCAGAAUCAGAGUCAGGCAAAUCAAGAAUCUGAGACAGAAGAUUACAGAAGGUUUACGGUUGUGAAGCUUAAACAAGAGCUUACAAAGUAUGGAUUCGGUGCACAAUUGUUGGAGCUGAGGAAUCCCAACAAAAAGGAUAUUAUUGCAUUGUACGAGAAGCAUGUCCUUGGUAAGUAGCUGUUUGUCAACCCCCACAAUAUUUUUCUUAUUUUGACCCUUUCAGUGUGAUGUGCUUUCAGAAAAAUUGCCUCUUAGCUUGCUUGAUUCUUAUUAUUUAUCUGUCAGAUUUGGUGUAGAUGUAUCCUUAGAGGUAGAUUCCACAUCUUCCUUUUCCCCUUCAUUCGAAUGUAACACAGGUACUCAUCUUAACAGACAACAAUUAGUCUGAAAAAUAGAUGAGCCAUGUUAACUACUGUCUCUACUGUCUGCUUUUUCA